ACGUGAGGGCGCCGGCCGGCGGCGGAGGGGAGCGGCGGUGACAGCGGCUGAGGCAGCGGCCGAGGCAGCGGCCGGCCCCGCCGCCGCCAUGGGCAUAAAAUUUUUAGAAGUUAUUAAGCCAUUCUGUGCAGUGUUACCUGAAAUCCAGAAACCAGAGAGAAAAGUGAGUGCCACGUUAUGUUCUUACUUUUAUUGGCUCAAAGGCAGAUUCAGUGGUUGGAGGCAGGAAACUAGUGUUUCUGCUGUAUCUAGCUUACAUGGUAGUUCAUGUCACGUUUUACUAGCUACUGUACUCUUGCCUACAGUGAACACACUUACCCUAAUCUUUACGGUCCGUGGAGGAGAGAUCCAGUUCAGAGAGAAGGUACUAUGGACGGCUAUCACCCUCUUCAUUUUCUUAGUAUGCUGCCAGAUACCUUUGUUUGGAAUCAUGUCAUCAGAUUCUGCCGAUCCAUUCUAUUGGAUGCGAGUCAUCCUUGCGUCCAACAGAGGUACUUUGAUGGAAUUGGGUAUCUCACCUAUUGUGACAUCUGGUUUGAUCAUGCAGCUGCUAGCUGGGGCGAAGAUCAUUGAGGUUGGUGAUACUCCAAAAGACAGAGCCUUGUUUAAUGGAGCUCAGAAAUUAUUUGGGAUGAUUAUUACCAUUGGGCAAGCCAUUGUGUACGUUAUGACUGGAAUGUAUGGAGAUCCUGCUGAAAUGGGUGCUGGAAUUUGUCUUCUUAUUAUAAUUCAGCUGUUUGUUGCUGGUUUGAUUGUCUUGCUGUUAGAUGAAUUGCUACAGAAAGGUUAUGGCUUGGGGUCUGGAAUUUCCUUGUUCAUUGCAACCAACAUCUGUGAAACCAUUGUCUGGAAGGCUUUUAGUCCCACCACCAUCAACACUGGCAGAGGAACAGAGUUUGAGGGUGCUGUGAUUGCACUAUUUCAUCUUCUGGCUACACGAACCGACAAAGUCCGGGCUCUGCGGGAGGCUUUUUACCGACAGAACCUGCCCAAUCUCAUGAACCUGAUCGCCACAGUGUUUGUAUUUGCUGUGGUCAUAUAUUUUCAGGGAUUCCGUGUUGAUUUGCCCAUCAAGUCUGCGCGGUACCGUGGGCAGUACAGCAGUUACCCCAUCAAGCUCUUCUAUACCUCCAACAUUCCCAUCAUUCUGCAGUCUGCCUUAGUCUCAAACCUCUAUGUCAUUUCCCAGAUGUUGUCUGUUCGUUUCAGUGGCAACUUCUUGGUGAACUUGCUUGGACAGUGGGCAGAUGUCAGUGGUGGUGGCCCUGCUCGCUCCUACCCUGUUGGUGGCCUGUGCUACUACUUGUCUCCUCCAGAAUCCAUGGGUGCCAUAUUUGAGGAUCCUGUCCAUGUCAUAGUUUACAUCAUAUUUAUGUUGGGAUCCUGUGCGUUCUUCUCCAAGACUUGGAUUGAGGUGUCCGGCUCAUCGGCGAAAGAUGUUGCCAAGCAGCUCAAAGAACAGCAAAUGGUGAUGAGAGGCCACAGGGAUACUUCAAUGGUUCACGAGCUGAACAGGUACAUCCCCACAGCCGCUGCCUUCGGGGGCUUGUGCAUCGGUGCCCUUUCAGUGCUGGCUGACUUCCUGGGAGCCAUCGGGUCCGGCACUGGCAUUCUGCUUGCAGUCACCAUUAUUUAUCAGUACUUUGAAAUCUUUGUAAAAGAACAGGCUGAGGUUGGAGGAGUAGGUGCAUUAUUUUUCUAGCUGUCCAAAUAUUUCAUGGUUUGUGUGAAAGGGAAAGUAUUUUGACAACAACGCCAUCAUUUAGUCCAAUAACGCUCUUUUUCUUUUGACUCGUUCUCAAGUGCUACGUGUCCCGUGACUGUAGCGGGCGUUGAGUGAUGCCUGUGUGCAGCAUUAGUACCAGCUGCCUUAAGACUGAAGUUUACAUUUUCCUGUUUUAAGUAUUAUCUAGUGUUGCCUGUAAUGCUGGAAACCAAUUCGCCUCCCUUGCUGUUCCACCGCUGCAGUGAGAUGGGAAAUACGUGUCAGUUGGGUAUCGGUGAAACGUUUUUGCACAGAGCAGUGAAAUGUUAAAUUCAGUUCCCUGUCCUUAAUAGGAAAACAAUAAUCUGAGUUCAGAUUGCCCUGGGCCAGUAUUCUUGCAAAGUUCCUGUGUAGCUUACAUUUUACAUUGGCUUGGCUUUUUUCCUCUACUUUUUUAAACUUGCGUUUGCCCAUCACUGACCGACCUCGGUGCUCCUUAUUCCCCCGUGGUGUUUUUCCCCCUGGGCACCUUUCUCUUCUGAGUGUGGCCAAGCAAACCUGUUACUGGAGCCUGAUACUCAUCUCACCCCUGAGCUGGUUCUGUGCUGGAUGUGCCGCAGCCUGGGCCGCUUUCUUGCCCUUGUGGGACAGGAGGGAGCCGCUGCCGUGCUGGCGGCUCAGCCCAGUCCUUUUAUUUAACCAUGUCCUUGUGAAAGCUGUGCCACUGAAACGUCACGUCCACUUUGCUUCUGUGAGUCUGGAGAAGCAGGUCUGGCUCCUCACAGCCUUGGUGGGAGGGAACGGGGCAAGGAGGGGCCCCUGCUGACAACGCCUUCGUCGCUUUACAGCGGCAACGGAACAACUGUAAACGUUAGACAAUAAACUUAUUUAAUUAAGCUCUC